CUGCUGGCUAUCUUGAUGAUGAGUAACAUGUUCUUGUCAAGGAAAUGUGUAACUUCUUCACCUAUCUGUCCCAAUGAGUCUGAUAGUUGCCAGGUGUCUCUUGGGGAUCUUUUUGACCGUGCUGUCAAACUCUCACACUACAUCCACUCCCUUUCUGCAGAAAUAUUUAAUGAAUUUGAUGAACGUUACACUCAAGGCCGGGGUUUUAUUGCAAAGGCUGUUAACAGCUGCCAUACUUCUUCCCUCACCACUCCUGAAGACAAGGAGCAAGCCCAACAGAUUCAUCACGAAGACUUGCUAAAUCUAGUGUUGAGUGUACUCCGCUCCUGGAAUGACCCUCUACUCCAUCUGGCCUCUGAGGUACGAAGAAUCAAGGAAGCUCCAGAUACCAUUCUCUGGAAGGCUGUGGAGAUUGAGGCACAGAACAAACGGCUUCUGGAAGGAAUGGAGAGAAUAGUUGGACGAGUUCAUCCAAGUGAUUUGGGCAAUGAAGUCUAUUCUCAGUGGCCAGGGCUCCCAUCUCUCCAGCUGGCUGAUGAGGAUUCCCGCCUCUUUGCUUUCUACAACCUGCUACAUUGUCUGCGCAGGGACUCCAACAAAAUUGACAACUACCUGAAACUGUUGAAAUGCCGCCUCAUCCAUGAUAGCAAUUGUUGAGUAGUUUUGAUUUCACAUCAUUGAAAUGACAACACCAGACUAAAUAACUUGCCUUUAGCUUUGUCACUUACCAAUGUACAGGAUACACUUGAUGGAAAUCUCAUCCUGUAGUUCAUGAUUUACAGCCAUAUCAUACCACUUUUGUCUUUUGGAUGCCAACAAUCACUAUAGUAUCAAUUAUGAUUCUCCCUUAUCUUAGUGCGUCUGUAACUAGUGUCAUAGCAAUAUUCAGAUUAAGCAAU